ACCAAGGAAUGCCAACUAACAGCCUUGCAGGAGCCUGAAGACUCUACCAACUCACUGCCCGCCAGCCAUGGGCCAGGAUUAUUACUCUGUGCUCCAGAUCACUCGCAAUUCAGAGGAUGCCCAGAUUAAAAAAGCGUACCGGAAACUUGCCCUGAAGAAUCACCCGCUGAAGUCCAGCGAGCCGACUGCACCUGAGACCUUCAGGCAGAUAGCGGAGGCCUACGACGUGCUGAGUGACCCUGUGAAGAGAAGCAUCUAUGACAAGUUCGGCGAGGAGGGCCUGAAGGGUGGCAUUCCUCUGGAGUUCGGAUCCCAGACUCCAUGGACCAGGGGUUACGUCUUCCACGGCAACCCUGAGAAGGUUUUCCACGAUUUCUUUGGGGGAGACAACCCAUUCAGUGAGUUUUAUGAUGCAGAAGGAAAGGAGGUGGAUUUGAACUUUGGGGGACUCCGGGGCCGAGGGGUCAAGAAGCAGGACCCCCCAAUUGAACGGGACCUCUACUUGUCCCUGGAAGACUUAUUCUUUGGCUGCACCAAAAAAAUUAAGAUCUCCCGAAGAGUGCUGAAUGAGGACGGGUACUCCUCUACCAUCAAGGACAAGAUCCUGACGAUUGAUGUGAAGCCCGGGUGGCGGCAGGGCACCCGCAUCACCUUUGAGAAGGAAGGCGACCAGGGCCCCAACAUCAUCCCAGCCGACAUCAUCUUCAUCGUAAAGGAGAAGCUACACCCUCGUUUCCGCAGGGAGAAUGACAACCUCUACUUUGUGAACCCCAUCCCUUUGGGCAAGGCUCUCACCUGCUGCACUGUGGAGGUGAAGACCCUGGAUGACCGGCUGCUCAACAUCCCCAUCAAUGACAUCAUCCAUCCCAAGUACUUCAAGAAGGUGCCAGGUGAGGGGAUGCCGUUGCCCGAGGACCCCACUAAGAAGGGGGACCUCUAUAUCUUCUUCGACAUCCAGUUCCCCACCCGCCUCACACCCCAGAAGAAGCAGAUGCUGCGCCAGGCGUUGCUGACGUAGCGAUGGAGGGCGGGGUGGGGUGGGGCCUGGGAGGACUGGCGGGGCCUCAGGUGAGCAGUGGAGCCAGCCCUGCACAGAUGUGACCUGGGUGGGAGGGGACUUUAAACGAUGUAAUAAAGAUGUAUUUCCGAUCCUCUAGCUCCAUCGGGGAGAGUGCUGUUGGAGGGAGGGGAGCUUCCUGCCAGCCCUGCCCAGGAAGCAGAGGGAAGAGCUACACCCAGGAAGCUGGGUGCCUGGGCCUGUCCUGGCUGUGGUGGGCAAUCCUGAGGACUCAGCCUCUGCGCUCCCACGGAGUAGGGUGGGGCAGGACCUCUGAGGGUCCUAGCUCUGUUCUGACCUUUGUGAUGUGACUUUAGGAAGGGCAGUCUCCACUGUGGUACAGCACAUUAGAUACAGGAAAACUAAAGCAGAGAAAACAUUUGUCCCACGCCACUGGGCCUAAGUGGCAAAGCUGUCAUCAGUCUGGAGGGCCACAUCCGAUAGCCCCAGCCUGCUUAGGUCAGAGGCCGCACAAGGCCCAGGAGCAUUAGAAACGACUUCGGUGUCCACCUCCAGGCCUCCAGGCCCUGUAUCUGCAAGAUGGGGCCUGGCCAUCUCCAGGCAGGGCAGUCUGGGAGGCAGGAAACCUGGCCUGGGCCCCAGCCCUGCCCAGUCUCAUCAGAGAGUCCCUACUGCCUUCUCUUCACCCAGGCUUGUGAGGCCUGAGAGCAUCGAUGUGAAAGUGCUUGGACUCUGCUCAGGUACAGGGUCCCAGCAUGGCUGCCACACGGUCUGGAGUUCUAGCCUCCAGGGCACCUGUGCCUGCGUGGACCCCACUUCUGUUGAAGCCAACAGGGCCUCGUGCUCUUCCAGGCAGGGAGUCUGAGCCUGGGUUACCAUGGGUCCACCAGGCUUAGGGAGCAGAAGCCGCUGCUGUGGCAGCUUCAGAGGUGCCAGAAAGCCCUGUAUUACUCAUCUCACUUGGACACUGUUCAAAGCACCAUAUUGGCUUAAGACAUUUUUUUUUAGAGAGAGCUUUUUGCUAUAGGGUAUGUGUGCUCACUGGAGAGACAGAGACAGUGAGCAACCACCCCCUGGGGGGAUGGCCACACUCCAAUUCCUUCUCCAAUUUCCUCUUAGGAUCUCGGGCAUGGACACAGACUCACCCAGUGUUAAGCCACUGGGCCUGGAACUUGAACUGCAGUCGAUUAUGAGGUUGUCCUGCAACAUAAUCAUUACACCAUUUGUU